CUGCGACAGUCGAAGGAAAGUAGCUCGGACUGAAAGACUUCUAUAAGUAUCUCACGAAGGAAAUUAUGAAAUCGUAUCACCUUUUACUUACUAGUUUUGCAGGAUUGACUGCAAUCCUUUGUGCACAAUGUACCGUUUCGAGUUUUUACCAGGAGGUACAGACAGGUGUUGACGCAGCAAUGGUUUUCGACUACAUACAGACGACGUCAGUCCCUCAAUGUGCCAUCACCUGCAAAGGCGUCGCCAACUGCACCGGUUUCAUUUACUGCAACAUCGACAACAGAUGCUCCAUGUUGACAUUGGAUCAGCCUUCCGUUCCUGUCAGCGUUCCCUACCCGACCUGCAAGGCAUUCUUAGAGGUCACGACCUCCAGUCAGACUUCGCCAUCAUGCCAGAAUGGAGGAACCCUUGAUGGUGCUGUCUGUCUCUGUCUGCCUGCCUUUACAGGAGGGAAGUGUGAGACCAGGAUGGAAGACUGUACAGACGUUUCCCUGUACGUUGGUAAUUCUACUGGCACCUACACUGUCUGGCCGACCAAAGCCGCACAACCGUUUGACUUGGAAUGUCAAGGAGUCACCGCCAUGAUCAUGUUCAGGGACAAAACCAUCAGUGGAUGUGAGGCUGAGCCCGUGACGUACCUCGACGUUCCCUGGGCCGACUACAAGUCUGGUUUCACCCACUCCAACUGUUACAUGUGGCUGGGUCUGGAGAAGAUGCAUGCUCUGACCAGCGUCAGAGCUUACUUGCUGUACAUAUCGUUGAAGAAUUUUGAUAGCACUCCCGGACAAGUAUCUUACAACACCUUCUCCGUGGGUGACGAGGCCACGGAGUAUCGGCUGUCGGUGUCGGGGUUCACUGGGGAUGGCGUUUUCGGAGACCGCUUUAACCUGAUUGGAGGCUUUGAAAAUGACUAA